AUGGCGGUGUACUACCGGUACAGGAGCGGCGUCGACACGUUCUCCCUGCCCAUCGCGGCGCCUUCCGUCUCCGUCGCCGAGCUGAAGCGCCUGAUCAUGGGAACCAGCCGCCACGGCCACGGCCGGACACGCGGGCGGGGUGCCCGGGAGGGCAUCGCCAUCUCCGACGCGCAGACCGGCGAGGAGUACGCGGACGACAACGCCUUGGUCCUGCGCAACUCGACGGUGGUGGUGCGCCGAGUCGCCGGGCCUCCGGCAGGUACCAUCGUAGAGCCAUCCACCCAACGCCCUAAAGCGAACCAAGACUCAUCAUCGGAUUCUGCUGCCUCCACGUCGAGCGCGUCGGCGGGAGCCGAGGACGACGACGAGGCCAAGGCCAUCAGCGCGGUGAUCAACGCCGCGGAACUCAAGUGGGAAGGGCCGUCUCACUACGGUCACCGUGGCCCUGUGUGGGCGCCGCCGCCGCCGGCCGGGUACGUGUGCCACAGGUGCCGCGUCCCGGGACACCUCAUCCAGCACUGCCCCACCAAUGGCGACCCAAGAUUCGACUGCGGAAAGGCCAGGACGGUGCUUCCCCAGGCGCAGGCCGACGACAACGAUGACGACGACGGCGUCCCGGCGGAUCUGUACUGCAAGAUCUGCAAGAAUGUGAUGGCGGACGCGGUGAUGACGAGCAAGUGCUGCUUCAGCAGCUUCUGCGACCGGUGCAUCCGAGCGCACAUCGUCGCCAACUCCACGUGCGCGUGCGGGGCACGCGCGCGCGCCGACGACCUGAUCCCCAACCCGACGCUGCGCACCACCAUCUCCAACAUUCUCGCCGCCAGGGCCACCAGCGGCUCGUGUGGAAGAACGGAGAAGCAGAGAAGCUCCGUCGGCAGCAACGCGGAGACUCAGAGUCCAGCCGCCUCGCGACACAGCCACGCAUCUUCCAAGAAGGGCGCCUCCUCGGAGCACAGUGACGGAAGCGAAUCCUCCACGUCGGCUCCUGCGGCGGCGCAUGAGCCAAGAAAGAAGGAGCGAGAGACGACGGACACAGCCGGAGCGCGCGCCGCCAAGCAUGCCGAUCAUCAGUACGGCUGCCACGACCUUCAUCCGUUCCCUCCGGCGUGCUACAACCCGUUCUUUCCGUGGUCAGCCGAUCCUUCCAUGUACUACGGGUACGGCUACGGCGGCAUGCCUUACGGUUACGGUGGAGGUUACCCGAUGGGGCCGCACCAUGUCGACGCCAUGGGCAACAGGGAAGCUUCGUAUGGCUACCACGGCGAACGCCCCGACGGCAGGAAGAGGACGGCGUGCGAGGAUCAGAGGCAGCAGGACCGGAGUUUCAAGAGAAGGUGCGGCGGAAGCAGAUCACAAGUUGCUCUAGUUCUGACGUAAAGCACUGAAGCUGAUCUGGUGGCCAAUGCUGAUAGUC